GCAAAUUAUAGACAGACUCUGUGCCGCAUAGACAAACGGUGCUGACAGGUGUCCACCUCAAAGGCCAGGUGACCAUUGAUGUUAUGUCGAAAUCUGUUUUCCCAGUCAGAUUUGCCCUAACCAUAACAACCUGGGGGCGGGUGGGGUUUCCCAUGGGUGGGACUGGGCUUAGGGUUAGAUUCUGGGGCCAGGGUUUGCAUAGGGCAUGAAAACUUGUCACAUUUUGUUAAGAACUCAGUAACACUUGUUAGGAAGGUGGUAGAGAGAUGGGAAUUGUCUCUGGGGGCAUUAGGGUUAGAGUCAGGGUUAAGGGGUUAAUUAGCUGUACUUGAAGCUUGAUUGAGAGAGGAACUCUCACUGAGCUCAAGAUCUCGUUUGCAAGAGACCCCUGUGAACAGAUUCCAUGCACAGGCUUUCAGCUGGGUGACCAGUGAUAACCAGAGCCUUGUCGGCGCCGUGUCUCCAGAGCAGUGUCAGGCCUCCUCUGCUGGAGGGAGGAAACAUCCAUCCAUCCAAACCAGAUCCCCUCAUUGUGUCCAACCCACUGUCAGAUCAGAUCAUCAGGACAAUGAUCAGCUGACUGAUCAGUGACCCUGCUGUUUGGGUUUCCACUCAGUCAGGUGUCUCCUCCGACACUAUAUGUACACCCAUUUAGUGUGCACACACAAAUCCAGGCCAAAGUUCAGAGAAGACCUGUGUUAAGGAAAAAAUUGUGUUUUCCUUAAUUCUGUAUAAUACAUGAACAACCAUCAGUGAGUGAGAAAUAAAGAGAAUCGAGAUGGAUACAUCUUCUGUGUAAUUUAUUUCUACAGAAAGGAGUAGUCUACAACAGCACUCAGAGAGGCAUGUUACAGAGACUCAAAAAAUAAUGAAGAAUCAAUUCAAUAUAAAGCAGAGGAUAACAUCACACAAAGGAGUGUACACUGAGGACAAUCAUGCAUCUGUUUUCAAAGAGUUCCUGGCAUCCAAAAACACUGAGAUGUUCACAGGAGAUACUUUCAAGGACUGCGGAUGUUACAGUUGCUUGUGCAGUAAACAGAGAUACCUCAGGCAUUCAGUGUGUCAGCAGAAGUUCACGUCCAGUGUGUGAAAGUUUACCACAGUUAGCAGACUAUAGUUUUAUAUUGGUCAUUUACAUAUUAAUGGAUAUACUGAAAAUUGCCAUUAUAUCCUGGAGCCAAAUAUGAUCAUUUAUUACAUUAUGUACAAAAAUGUUAAUUAGCUCACGACUGGUAUUACAUUACAUUAUCAGUUUUAUUGCAUUUUGUGAUUCUAUUAUGUGUAGCUCUUUCUUAUAUCCUUAACACUUUUUUGCCAGUAUGGAUAUGAAAUAAGUCCUAAUUGCAUCUUAAACGGAACUUACAGAAACCCUGUUCUACCUCUGUUCUGGUCUGCAGGAGAACUGAACACAAGCAGCAAGUUUCCUGGAACAGAAACCUUCAGUGAGCUGACCUGCAGCUCCUGCUGUCUGUGUCUGAUGUGUCUGUGUGUUUGUUUAGUCUCUGGGACAAAAAUCUCAUUACAGAUGCAGCUCUGAGUCCCAGCAGUCUGACUCCAACUAUUGAACUAAUUAGGCAGAGCAGAUAAUUAAACCCAACAUCCUUCUCAGAGGAAAGUAAACUCCACUGGUUUGACCUCAGGGCCAAUUAGCUGCAGGGAGCGAAAACAACAAAGUGUCGGCUGAAUCUCGAAGGGACGAGCAGCAGCAAAUUAGAUUUUACAGCUUAAACCUCGGAGGAACCGUGCUCCCUCCUCUCAUUUACUGUGUCCGUCCUGCAGCAGGACAUAAUGUCAGGCUGUUUGAAAUCACUAACACAUUGAAAAAGGAGCAGUUGCUUUAUUUUCUCUUUGUUACACACACUGUGUCACAACAGCAAACAGAUGCCACAAACAGAACGAUACACAGAGCAUAUCAGAGUUGACUCCCAGGCUGCAGAAAUACCACAUCAUGAUUCCAGAGGUUUCGUAGUGUGAUACUUGGACAACAAGAAAGAGACGAAGCAAACAGGGUUUGUCAUGUCAGGACCUGGUGCGAUGCAGCGUGUACACCUAACAGACUGGAGGGUAUAGAUACUGUUAGGGCUGCAGCCACUGAGUGUUUUCAGUGUAGAUUAGGCUGUUUUCUACAAAAUGCCACAACAUAACCAGUGUCCAGGAUUCUCUUCAGGCAAGAACCAGAAAAUGUUCACAUUCGAGUGUCUUCCAUCAGUGUGGUUUUUGACAUUUUUGCUUAGAAAUGUCUAAAGAAGAAUCUGUUGCUGUGUCAUUGGUGAAAACUGCUGUUCCAACGCACCAACCUGAAAAAUGGCUUGAGUGCCUUGAACCAACCUGCAGAUGAGGGUAAACAGACAGUUUGUGAACAUGAUGGUAGCAGGAGACUCCUCAGUCCGUCUCCUCCUCUGAUUGGCUCAGGGCCAUUGUGCUGAGUUUAGGAUCCGUCCUCCUAUGGGACAUUUGGACAUCAGCUAUAAGACGACCUGAGUGAGGACUGUUCUUCUUGGUGAGCGGCCGACAACUGCAGGGCAGUUGGAGCUGCACAGAGGCAGCGCUGUGACAGCAGCACAGACCUUCUUCCAUCAGCAGGUGAAGCCAACGCCAUGUUGGAGGCGUCGCUGGGCAGGAACAUCUCCCACAGCACCUUUGUGUUUAGAGGUUUUCCUGGACUACAGCAGCACCGGCAGCUCCUGGUGUGGCCGUUUUCUGCCUCCUACCUGUGGGUGCUACUGGGAAACUCUCUACUGGUGUAUGUCAUCUGCAGUGUGGAGAGUCUGCAUAGCCCUAUGUACCUCCUCAUCUGUGUGCUGUGUGUGGUCGACAUCCUCGUGGUGACCGCCAUCGUCCCUAACAUGCUCCUCAGCUUUCUGUUCAACUGGGAUGAGAUCUCAUUGGCUGGCUGCUUGACUCAGAUGUUCUUCAUUCACUUCCUGUCAUCACUAGAGUCAACGUUGUUGCUGGCGAUGGCGCUGGACCGCUAUGUGGCAAUCUGUCAGCCGCUGCACUACACUGAAAUCAUAGAGUCCUCCAUGCCGGUGAAGCUGCUGCUCUUCACGCUGACGCGCAGCAUCUCCAUCAUGGCAACGCUGGUUGGUUUGGCCGGUUCGCUGCAGUUCUGUGGCUCCAACACAAUCAGGCACUAUUACUGUGACCACAUGGCGCUGGUCAGCCUGGCCUGUGACAGCACAGACAGAAACAGCGCAGCAGGCCUUGCCGUGAUCAUCUUUUUUGUGGGUAUGGACAUACCGCUCAUCUUCUUGUCCUACAUGAAGAUUCUGAGCAUUGUGUUGCGAGCGGCCCCAGCCGGCGAGGACCGCUGGAAGGCGUUUCACACCUGUGGCACCCACCUGAUGGCUAUGAUGUGCUUCUACCUAGUGGGCAGCGUCACCUUCCUCUCUCACAACUUGAACAUCCCCUUAUCAACAGACGCCAACACUGGGAUGGGACUCAUGUACAUUCUGUUCCCAGCGAUGGUCAAUCCCGUCAUCUACGGUGUUCGGACCAAAGAAAUUCGAAAUGGCUUCUACAAGAUUUUUAAACUCAAAGCAAAGAAAAUAAUGGCUGCGGAGGUGUCUCCUGCUCAGGAUGGACAAACUGGACAAAAAGAUCCGCAAAUGUGCUGAAGGUUUGCACUUGGCACCCGUUUUUAUGGUCUCUCUAAAUCCUCAUGGAGAUCAUCCAGACUGACUGACGUUAACCAUGAGUAGAGGCAGCUCAGUGUCGGUUUAGUCUCUGUAUGGGGACUGUUGGAAAUACUGUUAAUAUCG